AUGAGGCAGGCGUCUGUGCAGCAGCUGAUUUUGGAGCCUCUGUGGAGCGACGUGUCACGAGCAGCAGCCAGUGUCAUCUGUCAGACAGAGAGAGAUGGAUGGAGGGUCGGAGUCAGAGAUGAAGCCUGCACCAUCUGGACCAUUAAGAUAGUAAGGGAUGAAUGGAAAGGGAGCCAUCUGUGGAGCAGAACAGACAGCAGAGAUUAUCUUCGGGAGGAAAAAGCGAAGAAGACUCGAGGAAAUAAGGAAGGAGACAAACAAAGGGCAGGCGAGUUGUCUGUGGAGGGGAAAAAAGGGGAGAGGAAGGAGAGAAAAAAAACUCAUCGGUGCCCACAAAGCAUUUUUGAGUUUAAACCCUUCAAAGAGUGGCAGAACGAGGCCAAGCAGACAGAUGGCAUAAUUCGGCUCCAAAAUAGGAAACCCAUUAACAGCGAGCUGGCAGAUUUGUCAGUGGUGUCCGACUCAGACCGCCUCAGUGACCUACGACCAACGGAGCGCUUUCCCCGAGGAGAGCGCUGCAAGCUGCUCUGCGGGGAGAGACUCGGGCUCGACGAGAACAAGGAAACAAAAAGAAGGGAGCUGACAGAAUCAGGCCCCUCAAGUUUUACGGGAGCGGUUUUAAUGAUUUAUGCUAAUCUUAAACGUUUCCAUCAUGCUACAGACAACCGCUCCAGCCUCUGCAAAGUCAAAGUAAUUAGCCUGCUCUCCAGCCUAGCCUUCGCCCCACUGUCAGCCACCAUGCUUAGCGCUCACCGCUCCACCACCUGUCUGUCCACUUUCCACCUCAGUUAUAAGCCAAUCUGCUCCGCCUCUCGCUCGCCCUCCGCCCGCUGCUCUCCACCUGCUCACCUCAACACCCACAGCACACAAAUUAUAAGGGAAGUCGAUGUCCUGGGAACAAGCAGUUCCAGCGCUCCGGGGUCAGCUAGAUUCUGUCUGCUGGGCCCUGCCCACGGGACAGCCGAGCUCAUCCAGCUCAGAGAAGAGAGUGACCCCCCCUGCCCUUCCCUGGAGCACUGGAUGAGCUCAGGGCGUUCUCCGUGGGGAGAAGCUGAUCUGAAGAAAAGCCGAACACCCUGCAGGGAUCAGCGGAGAGAAAAGCUUUUGAACAAAGCUAACAGCAGCCUCACUGUGACCUGA